CUGCUACUCUGUCGUUUGACCAGGCAGUUAAUUGUGGUGAGAGCUCAGCAACUGGAAAGAACAAGAGAAGGAAAAGGAGAAAGAGAGAAUUAUUCUCCUGACCUUCUGUCUUUCAGGAUGAAACCCCCAGUGUGUUUCUCUAAGAGAGGUUCCUCUGAUUUUGAGUUUUAACUGGACUUUCUGCUUUCUCUGUGUUUUUAUCUGUGGACACUCUCCGGACACUCCUUUGGGAUUUACUCUGACCGCACCGUGAGGAUCUAGUGUGUGUGUGUGUUCGCUGGGCCAUGCCCACCACUGGUAGCAGGUCAUCCAGCGCCAGGGGUACACCAUUAAAAGGGGGCCACCACCACAGGGGCUGUGCCUGCCAACACUUAUUCCGUAAAGUCCUGGUCAAGUGUGGCUGCUGCUAUGCCCGGGUCAGAGACUCAUACUCGGCGGCGGGCAGCGAGGGUAGCAUCUCCACCUCCGUGGCGUCCCUGCCCCCGACCUUAACGGCGUCCGAUAGCUCCGCUCCCAGCUCGCCGGGCUCGCGGCGUUCCGUAAGCACCUUGAAGAAGUGGCUGACCAAUCCAGUCCGCAAGCUCAGCGCCGAGGCCGUCAACGUCUCAGCCAGCGCCAAGGGGGAGCGGCAGGUCAAGAAGUUGGAUGGGGGAAGCAAGCCCCCUCCUCCUAUUCCACCCUCUAGGCAUAGUAAUGGCCUGGGCCUGGGGCUGGGCAGACCCCUGGCAGGGCUGGGGCUGGGCAGACCCCUGGCAGGGCUGGGGCUGGGCAGACCCCUGGGAGGGCUGGGGCUGGGC